AUGGCUUCAGCUGGGGGCCGGAGAUGGCAGCAGUUCUUCCAAGAGAUGAUGAUGGUCGCAGGCACCUCUGCCUCUGCAUACUUCCUGAUCCGCUACCUCAUAUCCCGUCUUGACUUCGACCCAGAGAGCCAGAAGAAAGAGGAACAACGCCAAAAGUCGGCGGCCAUUUUGCGCCGAUUGGAGGGCACAAAUGACGAAACUGAUGGCACCCGGUCAAAGGAUGGCAAGAAGGGGAAGGGGCAACGAAAGAGAGAGCUCACUCUGAACCAAUAUGAGCAAGCAAUCGCAAUGGAUGUCGUUGCGCCGGAAGACAUCUCAGUCUCGUUUGAGGAUAUCGGAGGCCUGGACGAUAUCAUUGAAGAGCUAAAGGAAUCGGUUAUCUAUCCGUUGACAAUGCCUCACCUCUACGCCUCUACUUCAUCUCUCCUGUCCGCGCCUUCGGGUGUACUCCUAUACGGCCCGCCUGGCUGCGGAAAGACCAUGCUCGCGAAAGCCCUAGCGUCCGAGAGUGGCGCGUGCUUCAUCAACCUGCAUAUCUCCACAUUGACAGAAAAGUGGUAUGGUGACUCAAAUAAGCUGGUCAAUGCAGUGUUUUCGCUAGCGCGCAAGUUGCAACCAGCCAUUGUCUUCAUUGAUGAGAUAGACGCUGUUCUCGGGACUCGGAGAAGCGGCGAACAUGAAGCCAGUGGCAUGGUGAAAGCAGAGUUUAUGACACACUGGGAUGGCCUUACCUCGGCAAACUCUACUGGAGAGCCGCAACGGAUUGUUGUUCUGGGGGCGACCAACCGCAUCCAAGACAUCGAUGAGGCCAUUCUCCGCAGAAUGCCCAAGAAAUUCCCGGUAACACUACCUCCAAUCGCCCAACGACUCCGGAUUCUCAGUAUCAUUCUGAAGGAUACCAAGGUUGACCGGGAGAACUUCGACCUACACUACCUUGUCAAGACUAUGGCCGGAAUGUCCGGUAGUGACAUCAAGGAAGCAUGCCGCGAUGCCGCAAUGGUUCCAGUACGUGAGCUUAUUCGCACGCAAAAGGCCAACGGCAUGGAUAUGGAUGCCAUGAACCCUCAAGAAGUCCGAGGGCUGCGCACCGAAGACUUCUUCUCUCGCGCCGGUGGUGUCAAAGUGAUUCAUCCCGAUACGCUACCUACUCCUACGGGCAAGGUCAAUGAAAAGGAAGAAGGUGAAUGGAGCACCGAGUCCGAAGCAACCUCUGAAGUUGAUCCCCGACCCUCUGUGAUGGCUGAGCCCCCAGAGUAA